CUUUUGUACGCACGACAAAAAUAUUUACAUCACUUCCACUUGUUGGGCUAAGAUUUUGUGUCACUUGCUCUCCAAUUCAUAUCCUUGUUCCAUCAGCCUUCUUGAUCUUUUAUCGUUUCAUUGCCCUUUCCAGCGAAGUCAAACCACAAAGAUUCAACCAAAGUGAAUAAGCUUUUUAUCUUAGCUAAACGAUUGCCCACGGAUUCAACCAAAGUGAAAAAGUUUCUUAAAUCUUAACUAGAAGAUUGCCCGCCGAUUCUGGUGGUGACCAGAUGAGAUUACGAACAAAUUGGUGCUUUGACUUAUGAGAUGCAUGUGUUGGUUUGAGGGGUUUUCUCUGAUUUGAGAAUUUGGGGGGUGGGGGGGAUAUUGUUUAUGUUUGUUAUAAGGAACUUGUUGUGAUUUGAUAAAUUGGUUAUGCUUGAAGAGUGGAAAUGUAUAGGAAUUUCAUUUUGCUUUAGUUAGAGUUGGAAACUACUCAGAAAAUUGAAUCUUCUUGAGUGUUUUCAUUAUCUUGAGAGCAAGGCUUGAAUUUUGACUGCUGGAACUUAUUUUCUUAGAAGUAUUUGAUGGUCCAGAAGGAUCCAGAGUACCUAGUCUCCUCUUGAUCCUGGCUUUAUGUAGAUUUUGGUUAUUAAGUUCAGUUGCAAUUUGAUUUGCGCUUUUGUGUUCUGGAUAAACAGGAGACAAAUAUUAGUUAUGGAAAGUGGAAAUGACUAUUCUUUAUCAACCGACUUUGUUGCUUCUGAUCUUUCAAUGGAGUCGAAUAGCUUCAGCAUACUUUCCCCCUCCAGCUAUGAAGUAGGAACCAAUCUUGAAUUGUUGAGUUUGAAUCGACUCAGUGACAGCCUUGAAAAGCUUUUGCUUGAUCCUGAGUAUGACCACAGUGAUGCAGUGAUAGAAGUCGAGGGAACUCCUGUGGGUGUCAAUCGCUGUAUUUUGGCUGCACGGAGUCCGUUUUUCCAUGAGCUGUUUAAGAAUGGGAAUGGAAGUUCUGUUACGGAAAAUAAGACGAAAUAUCUCAUGUCAGAAUUGGUGCCUCAUUACACAAUUGGGCGUGAAGCAUUUAAGGUUCUCUUAACUUAUUUAUAUACUGGAAAGCUUAAGUCAUCUCCACCCGAAGUUUCAACAUGUGUUGAUGAAUCUUGUAGUCAUGAUGCUUGUCGCCCUGCAAUUAAUUAUGCUGUGGAACUGAUGUAUGGUUCUGCCACCUUUCAGAUUAAAGAACUUGUUAUGCUUGUUCAGCGCCGUCUUCUUGACUUCGUUUAUAAAGCUUUUGCUGAAGAUAUCAUUCCAAUCCUUGUUGUAGCCUUUCAAUGCCAAUUAGAGCAACUUCUGUCAUACUGUGUCCAGAGAUUAGUGCACUCAGAUUUAGACAAAGUAGUUCUUGAGAAGGAGCUUGAUCGUGAAGUUCAAAGUGGCAUUCAAUCACUGCUCCUUGAAUCUCAAAAAUCUAGUGAACAUGCUUUGGCGAGUGUGGAUCUGGUGAAUGAAAAGAGAAUUGGAAGGAUUCACAAGGCAUUAGAUUCUAAUGAUGUUGAAUUGGUGAAGUUACUUCUUCAGGAAUCUAGUAUCACAUUAGAUGCUGCUUAUGCUCUUCAUUAUGCUGCUGCCUAUUGUAAUCCUAAGGUUGUGAAUGAAGUGCUCAACUUAGGUAAUGCUGAUGUCAACCUUAGGAAUUCUCGAGGGUACACUGUGCUUCAUGUAGCAGCCCGGCGUAAGGAUCCAUCAGUAAUAGUGGGGCUGCUGAACCAGGGCGCGUCCAUAUCUGAUACUACAAUGAAUGGACAGACGGCUGUUAAAAUAUGCCGGAGGUUAACGAGGCCAAAGGAUUAUAAUGAAGAAACGAAACAGGGCCAUGAAAUUAAUAAGGAUCGUUUAUGUAUUGAUGUACUUGAGAGAGAGAUGCUUCGGAAUCCAUUGUCUGGGAACGAAUCUAUGUCAACAAUGAUGGUGCCUGAUAAUCUUCACAUGAGUCUGUUGCUUUUUGAAAAUAGAGUGGCGAUGGCACGAGCCCUCUUUCCUCUAGAAGCCAGAUUAGCCAUGCAGUUAGCACGUGCAGAUUCUACCUCAGAGUUCGCUGGCCUUUCAGCAUCUAAAGGAACAUAUGGGAAUUUGGAAGAGGUGGAUUUAAAAGAAAUGUCACCUGAGCAAGUCAAAAGGUUCCAGUUGAGGCUGCAAUCGCUACAAAAAACUGUGGAGAAAGCCCGACGCUUCUUCCCCAACUGCACAAUAGUUCUGGAUAGGCUCUCGGAGGACGAUACUAUAGGUGCUAUGUUAUUGGAGAAGGGCACUCCAGAGGAACAGAGGAUGAAAAGAAUGCGCUACAUGGAACUCAAGGAAGAUGUAAUGAAGGCAUUCAGCAAAGACAUGGCUGAAAAUAACUGGACAAACUUAUCCUCGUCUUCCUCAUGCUUGUCUUCUCCAAGGACUGGUAAAAUUCACAAAAGCAGAAAAAAAAAAAAGGUUAUUAAGCAACCUUUUUAACCUUGAAACUUUGUUUCUUAUAGGUUCCUUUCUCCCAUCACUAUGCUAUAUUGUGCUUUCUUAUUUAUCUCUUUGUUAAGUACCUAGUGACUGGAAGCAUAUAAACUUGUAGCUAUUUCCUUGGAGCUCAUAGUCCUGUAAUAUAAUGUUUGGCAUUGUGAAUUUCGAUUGGUGAGACUUGGAAUAACAGUGGAUUGAUUGUGUAGCGAUUUCAAAUUCCUUUAUUUUUGUGAUA